AAUUUAGACUCUUCCUAAUUAUUUUUUGAUAAUAUUUUAUACAUCAUAAUUUAUAUUUCGUAAAGAUUAUUUGACAACAUAAUCUUAUGAAAAAAUCAAAUAAUUUUAUCCAAAAAUAACUUCUUUAACAAUAGAACAAGAAAAAGUCAAUUAGGAAGUACUAUGUUUCCGUCAAAUCUAGUUUAAAUUCUGUUUUGAUAAAGAAAAUUAAUGAAAAAAGCUCAAGAAUUAAGAUCUCAAUAUUUCUCCUUUUCUUUUCCCUUUUCUCUGUUAUCAUUGCUUUUUAUAUUAUCCUCCUAAAUCAUUAUUAAGAAAGUUAUUGAAAUUAAAUUUGAUGGGUUUUGCUCAAACAUUUUUCAAAAAGAAAAGGGGGAUAAGUAAUAAUCCAGAAGAUGCAAAUUGUAGCCAUGAAAAUCCUUUGUUUGAACCUUUCUCCUCAUCAUUACGUUCACGGAAUAAUAAUAAGGAGGAGCUUGAACUAGUUUUUAAGAAAUUUGAUGUCAAUGGUGAUGGUAAAAUUUCCUCAUCAGAGUUGGGAUCAAUUAUGGGAAGUCUAGGCCAACAAGUGACUGAGGAAGACUUGCAGAUAAUGAUAAAAGAGGUUGAUGCAGAUGGAGAUGGAUUCAUUGAUUUUAAUGAAUUCGUUGCUCUCAACACAAAAGGUAUUGACUCAGAUGAAGUUUUGCACAAUAUGAAAGAAGCAUUUUCAAUAUACGACGCUGAUGGAAAUGGAAAAAUUACAGUUGAAGAGUUGCAAAUGGUAAUGAAGAGUUUAGGGGAUGAUGUCUCUUUGGGUGAUUGUAAAAGGAUGAUUCAUGGGGUUGACAGUGAUGGUGAUGGAACAAUUAAUUUUGAGGAAUUCAAAUCCAUGAUGAUGAUGGGUGCACGUCUUAAUACAAUGACAAUAGAUUAGUGACAAGCCACACCAUCAAUUGAUGUUGUGACGUAAUCACAUUCACAAAUUAACCUAACAUUUUUUCUGGCCAUGAAAAUGAAAUUAAGUUUUGAGAAAUAUCUGCAAUCCAAAUUCGUCUUCAAUACCAAACUAGAGCCACCUGCAAAUCUGCAAUACUCGAAUACAAAAUCGGAAAUUCAAAUGAGGUGAGAAUGACCAUUUGUAUCUCCAAAGUUGUGGGAAAAAAAAGAACAAGAUGAUUUAGAGAAGAAACCUUUCGCCAUCAGCGAUUUAUUUUAUUUUAUUUUAUUUUGUAUUCCUGCUUUGAUUUCUAAAAUUUGUAUGUAACCCAAUUAUACCUUUACUAGAUUUGAAUGCACGGGUUAA